GCGUCGCGACCUAAAAGUAAACGAGAUAGCCAGAAAAAAUAAAAAAAUAAAAAUUCCGCAAAGGUCGUAGAUAUGGCGCGUUCGUGUCUUUCGCACACGUUAUUGCCGCGCUCAAGAAAUUAAAAGCAAUUCUCACGCGCCGCCGUGCUGCCUAAAUUUUACGCCAUUCGCAUUUCAAAUGCUAUACAAAAGCCAAAAUCCGAAGACUAUUAAUUUCAAUUCUCCGGUUACUGGUUUCAUCUUAAAGCAUUAAAAGAUGGAGGUGGAAGAGAGCUCUCAAUCACAACCGUGGCCUAUUGAGGCAACACCUCUAGAUCGGCGAUUCUCCGCUCUAGGAGACCUGCGAAUUCUUCCUGAUGAAAUCCUCUGCGCCAUUCUGACUUAUCUAUCUCCUCGAGACGUAGCUCGCGUUGCUUGUGUUAGCAGGUCUCCACUAUAAUUCCAACCGAUUAUCACAAUUACUUUAGCUUGCGUUUUCUGCUACUAGGUUGAACUUAUCUUAUUGUUUUAUCAAAUAGCUCGGCCUCUAUUAUGAAGCUGUGUUUGUUAAAGAAUGUGUUUUUAUUUGAAUUGGUGAACAUGUGUACUUUCUCACUAUUUCAUUGAUUGCCUUUUCUUGUUUCUUAUUUAGUCCGUUAACAUUUUAGAUACAUAACUUCUUUGUAUGUGGAUUUUGCUGAUGGAUAUGACACUUGAAUUCAAAGGGUCUAAAGUUAUAAUCUUUGUAUAUUUUCUGGGCCGCUGUUGAGUUAAUUCGAUACGAAUUGUUUGCAAGUAGAAUAGCUUAUUUUGGAAUAUCCUUAUAUUAGAAUCUAUUGAAACUCCAGUAUACUACAGGGUAAAAAUUAAUUCCAAAUACAUUGGAGCUUCUCUCACUGUUAAUUGUUUGUGGACAUAUAUCUGGAUCAAGUUGCCGGUCAGGUUCGGUCUCAUUUGAUAGGGAAAAGAAUUGAUAGCAAUUGAUAGAGGAACUGAUAAUACCAAUGGCAAUGAAUUAAUAACUGCUUCUGUGUCAUAUUUGCUGGAUCGGCUGUUGGCCUUUCCAUUUAUACAUUAAUAUGCCUGCGUCAUUGUGCAAGGGCUUAUGAAAAAGAAAUGUUUGGACUUGCAAACACUAUAUGAUCUACACAUUGUGCUGGAGAUUCUUGACAGUAGAGUAUCCACAUUAUCCUUCUUCACAUUGUAGUUGAGAUGUUGGGGAAAAAGGUUAGGGAAGAUGGUAUACAGCUUACAAAAACUGAGAUUUGCUAUUGCAAAGUGUAUUGUACAUAUUUUGCAAUGAGGAGCCCCUCUGGAUUAGCCUAUGUCUUAACAAUCUACAGCAUCCGCUGCAGUACAAAGGUUCCUGGAAGAAAACAGCAUUGCAUCAGAUGGACCUGCCAAUUGAAAGUGAUAUACUCUGCCAGAAACCACUGCGCUUUGAUGGAUUCAAUUCUCUCUUUCUGUAUAGGAGACUAUACCGGUGCUAUACUGCACUGAAUGGUUUUGCUUUUGAUAAUGGAAAUGUGGAAAGGUCUAAAAACCUCUCUUUGGAAGAGUUUCAUGAUAAGUAUGACGGACAAAAACCGGUUUUGAUUGCUGGAUUAGCUGAUUCUUGGCCUGCUAGUAAUACAUGGACAACAGAGCAAUUAGUAUUGAAGUAUGGAGAUACGACAUUUAAAAUAUCUCAAAGGAGUCCUCGGAAAAUAACUAUGACACUUAAAGACUAUGUGUCUUACAUGCAACUUCAGCAUGACGAGGAUCCUCUAUAUAUUUUUGAUGAGAAGUUUGGGGAAGUUGCUCCUGGACUACUUGAGGAUUAUAGUGUUCCACACCUUUUCCAAGAAGACUUUUUUGAUGUAUUGGAUAGGGAACAACGCCCCCCUUAUAGAUGGCUGAUUGUUGGACCAGAGAGGUCUGGUGCAUCUUGGCAUGUUGAUCCUGGUCUUACUAGUGCAUGGAAUACUCUCCUAUGUGGGCGUAAAAGGUGGGCAUUGUAUCCUCCUGGAAGGGUACCUGCAGGAGUGACUGUGCAUGUGAAUGAAGAAGAUGGUGAUGUCAAUAUUGACACUCCAUCAUCUUUGCAGUGGUGGCUGGACUUUUAUCCCCUUCUUGCUGAUGAGGACAAGCCAAUAGAAUGUACACAAAACCCUGGAGAAACAAUAUUUGUACCAAGUGGAUGGUGGCAUUGUGUGUUAAAUUUGGAGACCACUAUUGCUGUUACACAGAAUUUUGUGAAUUCAAAAAAUUUUGAAUUUGUAUGCCUGGAUAUGGCUCCUGGUUACACACACAAAGGGGUCUGCCGUGCUGGAUUGCUUGCCUUGGAUGAAGGUGUCAUUGAGGAUGUUAGAAUGAAUAUACAGAGUGUGGAAAAUAAUUUUAGCAACUCAGACUUGACUAGAAAAGAGAAGAGGACUAAAGUUCCCCAACACAUCGAGGAUUCAGACUGUGUAACUGCUAGAAACGGUGAUCCUGAAUUUAAUGACACUAGCAAUCUGGAAUUUUCUUAUGAUAUAAACUUCCUAGCCAUGUUCUUGGAUAAAGAAAGGGAUCACUACAAUUCUUUAUGGAGCUUAAGUAACUGUAUUGGGCAACGAGAAAUGAGGGAAUGGUUGUCACGGCUUUGGCAUAGAAGACCAGUACUUAGGGACCUAAUUUGGAAGGGAGCCUGCAUUGCUUUGAAUUGUAGCAGAUGGUUUGAAUGUAUGGAGGAAAUUUGUGCCUAUCAUGAGUUACCGUUACCUACAGAAGAUGAGAGGCUGCCUGUUGGGACAGGGAGCAAUCCUGUUUAUCUUGUUUCCAACAAUGUGAUAAAGAUAUUGGUUGAAGGAGGGUUAGAAGCUUCACUUCAUUCUUUAGGGACUGAGCUCGAGUUUUACAGUACUCUUAAGAAAGUUAACUCCCCUUUGAAAGAGCAUAUUCCUGAUGUUUUGGCCAGUGGGAUUCUCUAUAUUGAAAAUGGAUUGUGUAGAAUUGUGCCUUGGGAUGGAAAAGACGUUCCUGAGGUGAUUUCUAACUCUGUUCCACUUCUUGGUAAACAUCGACUGGGGGAUUAUCCAUAUGGCGUAUGGAGCAAAGGACAAUUUGAAUAUAAAAAGGCAGGAAUGUCUCCACAUGAACUGGAGACUAGUAACAAUUUGAAAGUAUGGCCAUAUGUUGUGACUCGAAGAUGCAGAGGAAAAAUAUUUGCAGAUCUAAGAGAAACUCUGUCGUGGGAAGAGACUCUGAGCUUGGCCUCCUUCCUGGGAGAACAACUGAGGAAUCUUCAUCUUGUGCCAUAUCCAUCUUUGAAUUUUUCAGCAUUCUUAGGAAGUGACGAGGAAACAGUGCUUCCCCAGUCUAAUGGUUGUGUAGGGCUUCUUGGGAAUGAUAGUAUUCCAGUGGAGUGGGAUUUGUUCAUAAAAACACUGAACAAGAAGAAGGAAGAUGUUUCCAACCGCUUGAUGAAAUGGGGUGAUCCAAUUCCUGUUGCUCUGAUUGAGAAAGUCAGCGAAUACUUACCUGACAACCUAGCAAAGCUCCUUUUUGUGUCUGAGGAUACCGUGGGAGUUGACAAGUCUUGCACCUGGAUACACUCAGAUAUAAUGGAUGACAAUAUCCACAUGGAACUAUCUUGCCUUAACUCUUGCUCAGCAGAGAAUAGUAACUCGACUAACAGUGAUCACAGUGAGCAGAAAAGUUCAUGGUUUGCAAACCACAUACUUGACUUCAGCAAUUUGUCUAUAGGUGACCCCCUCUUAGAUCUGAUUCCAAUAUAUCUGGAUAUGUUCAGAGGAGAUUCACGUUUAUUGAAGCAUUUUCUUGAAAGCUAUAAACUCCCAUUAUUAGGGCGACAAAAACUGAAUGGAGUAGCAGCAGAUAACAGCAAAUGUGCACGACUGUCUUAUCAAGCUAUGUGCUACUGUAUUCUGCAUGAUGAAAAUGUUUUGGGAGCUAUUUUCAGCAUCUGGAAGGAACUUAGGAAAGCAAAAUCAUGGGAAGAAGUGGAGGAAACUGUAUGGGGAGAUCUCAACAGUUACAAGGGCUCCUAUUAGCCAGCCAUCUUUCCCAUUUAGCCUUGGGGUAUAUACACUCUUCAUUAUUUUUGUUAACUCCUUUUAACAUUUACUUGUACGUUGACAUGGCACACAUUUUUGUCAAUAUGUAUGGCAACUAUGAUCACAAAUCUUUAUUUUUAAUAAGUAAAGGAACAAUUACGAGCC